UUAAUAAAAUGGCGGCGGAAAGUUCAGAUGAGAUAUUUAACUUUAAAUGUACCGGUUGUGCUAAAAGAAAUAAGAAAAGAGAAGCUGUUAAAUAUUGUGUCGAAUGUCAAGGGUAUUGUUGCCAAGCUUGUGUGGUUGUACAUGAAGCUUUUCCUACUCUGGUAAACCAUAAUUUGUUGGACAAAGCGAGCUUUAAAUCAGCUGGAUCAACAAAUGAAUUACCAGCUAUACCGACGGAGAGAUGUGCUGUACACGAGACUAAGAUUAUAGAUAUGUACUGUCAAAACCACGACGACGUCGGCUGUACAACAUGUAUGACGUUAGAACAUAGAAACUGUACAUCGAUAAGGGUUAUAUCAGAAGUGAUUGAUGCCGUAUAUCAACAAAAAGAGGUCAAACAAACUCUGCAAAAAUUAAAAACCAUAGAGGUAUCAAAAGAAACACUCAAAGAAAGAAAUGACAAACAAAUGCAAGAGCUUCAAAAGUCAAAAAAAGAUGCUAUUCAGGAAAUCGGACAACAUCGCAAAGUCCUGGAACAAUUACUUGCUGAUAUGGAAAAGGAAUCAAUACAAGAAGUUGACUAUGAGUUCGCUAAAAAAGAGUCAGCACUCAUAAAACAAAAGAAGGACAUAGAAAGAGAGAAAGAUAAUAUACAGAAAGCAAUUUUUAAUUUACAACAUGCUGAAGGAAACAAGGCUCAAGAAUUUGUAUGUUCUAAGAUUGCUUAUAAACAAAUUAAAGGUAAAGACAGUCUUGAUUUGUUAAAUGACGAAAACGCUGACGUACAGUUAUUAUAUUCUAUAAACCAAGACAUUACUAGCUUUCUGAAGCAGAAGAAAACCUUUGGAAAUAUUCCAAAAUACUAUGAUCAACAAUACGCUCAAACGAGAAGCCUUUAUACUGUCAAAGCUGAAAGGAAAAUGAAUGUCAAGGUACAAGGGGAUAAACAAACAUGUUGUAUAUAUGGUUCUUGUUUAACGGAAGACAACUUUCUAUUACUAGCCGACUAUUACAACAAGAAGACGAAAUGUGUUGACACAACAAAAGCUGUUGUAGUAGACCAAUGCUGUCUACCAGAUAAACCACAUGAUGUUUGUUGUACAAGUAAAGCUGAAGCUGCUGUCAGUUUAGAUAACAAAACGAUUCAGUUUGUUUCUCUGUUUAACCCGAUGAUAAAAGUAAGGCAGCUUAAGAUGAACCAUCGUUGUUUUGGUAUUGCUUCCAAAGAUGACAAGCUAAUCAUAACCGACAAUAAGUCGUUUUUUAUCCACAAGACAUCAGGUGACCUCUUACAGACGGUGUCAAAGGACAAUUCUGGAAAUGAAUUAUUUCAUCAGAGUAGACUGAUGACUAAAUUAAGUAACCAUGGUGAUAAAGUAUAUGUUGCAAGUGGCCAAAAUGAUAUAGUUUUACUAAAUAUCCAAGGGAAACAUAUAGAUACAUAUAAAUUUAGCGAGCAGUCUGGUAUUAUUGGUGUUUGCAGUGACUACAGGGGAAACAUAUUUCUUUGUGACAUUACCUCAGGAAAUAUUAAACAGAUUUCACAAGAAAACAUGUCAGAAAUCGGCACGGUUGUUAAACCAUCACAUGGUUUGACUUACCCGUUCUCAAUCUGCUUCAAUCAUCAACAGUCUACGUUGAUAGUCACGAUGUCUGACGAAAUAAAACUUUUUGAUUUAAAGUAAAUACGUCAAUACUGUGUGUAUACUUUUUAAAUACAAUGUAAAUACGAGUACUUUUGUAAAACACUGACAAGCAUAUGCAUGUAAUUGUGUAUGCAAAAGAUAUUUUUAGUAAUGAUUAUCGGAGAAUAAUGCACAUGUAAUUAGUUUCUUUUGCUAUAUUCCCCCCUAGCAAUUAUAUAAGCAUUAAUAUAGUUUGGAAUAUCUUGACAUAAUUAAACAUCAUGUACAGUGAAUCGUGCCGUGUAAUAUAAGAACAGUGAGUCGUGCCUUGGUAUAUAAGAACAGUGAAUCGUGCCCUGAUAUAUAGGUUUAUUGAAUUGUACCGCGCUGUAUAAGUGCAGAAAAUCGUGCCGUGUUAUUGAAGUACAGUGAAUUGUGCUGUGCUAUAUAAGUACGCUGAGUCGUACCGUGUUAUAAAAGUACAGUGAGUCGUGCCAUGUUAUUCAAGGACAGUGAAUAGUGCCGUUUUAUAUAAGAACAUUAAGUUGUGUCGUGUUAUAUAAGUAUAAUUAACCAGCUGUUUUUCACAAAAUGCUUAUGCGGUAAUGGGUUAACUGGUCAGCAGAUUCUACUAUACAUGUGUACCUAAAGCACCGUCCGUUAAGUCUGCAGACCAUAUAGUAUAAGAAGAAAAUAUGGCAUAAACCAUAAACCAAUUUCUACUAACAUUGCAAAAUAAAUAAGUACUUCACUGCAAAUAUCAUUUUCCUCUGUUCAUAAGCAGUUUCUCAAGGUUGAACUAAAAUCACGUUGGCUAUAUAUAAAACAAGUGGACACAAAAUUCUAGUAUAUCUUUAAUGUGUUUUUUUUUUAUUUACUCAUAUUAAUUUACUAUCUUUAGGAAAUAUAAAAAGCGCUAUGUUCACCAAGCACCAAAUGGCUCUAUCUUAGAUAUUGAUAAAAUCGAAAGAAGCGUCAAUUUGAUAGGUAGUUGGUUACUCUCAAUCCCCUACGACCUACCGGCAGGUAGUUGGUAAUUCGAACUUUGCAUGUUUCCCUUAUUUUAAAAAAAAAACAACAACAAAAAACAACAAAAAUAAACAGUAAGAAUUUUUCCGGAAUAAAUAUAAUGGAUAGAUGUGUUUUUCAACAUUGAAACACAUUGUCUCACUAUGUCCACCAGCGGAAUCAGUUGGCUAUAGUACAAUAUGCUGACCAGUUAAACUUAUAGUAGGAUCUGCUGUUAAGUUAAUCUUAAAGUGAAAAUUGUUGACCACUUAUGUUAGAUAUAUAGAAAAAAAUGUGUUGACGAAAAUUUCUAAUUACAUGUAUCUUUAUUUACAAUGUUAGUAA